AUGCCACUUAAUUCAAAAGCCGUUUAUUCCAAGCUGAACCCGGACUUCGUCCCUUUCUCGAGCAGGAGGAGUACCGUACACAGCACCAAUGGAAUCGUUACCUGUACCCAGCCUCUGGCAGCCGCUGCAGGCCAGAGAAUUCUGAAGGAAGGAGGAAAUGCUGCUGUAUCUGCUGCGUUGAAUAUCACCGAGCCCUCUUCGACAGGUAUUGGAGGUGACAUGUUCUGUCUUUUCUACGACGCCAAGACAAAGAAAAUCCACUCCCUUAAUGGAUCGGGUCGUUAUCCUGCCGAUGCAACGCUUGAUAAAAUCAGAAAGGACUUGAAAGUCGGGCCUAACGAUGCAGGAGGAAUUCCCAUGUCGAGUGUUCUUUCAGUGACAACACCAGGCGCAGCCGCAGGAUGGGUUGACACAGUCGAGAAAUUUGGCAGCGGCAAUCUUUCUCUCGAGCAGAUCUUGCUUCCGGCCAUCGAGCUUGGUGAGGAAGGAUUUCCCGUAUCUGAGCUAUCAUCAUUCUUCUGGCAUGAAAGUGAAGAUAUGAUUCGCAAUGCAUCACCUAACUUUAAAGAGAUGCUCAAAAAAGACUUCAAGGCCACAGAUGGAGCGAGAAGCCCGUUGCCUGGCGAGAUCAUGAAGAACCCAACCUUGGCGCAGACUUUCAGAGCGCUGGCAGCCGAAGGUAAAAAGGGUUUCUAUGAAGGUCGGGUCGCGGAGGAAUUGGUGAAGGUUGUUCGCGAUCUCGGUGGGUAUUUGAGUCUUGAUGAUCUCAAGUCUCAUGCAAAGACCGGAAGCCAGGAAGUGGACCCUAUCUCUCUCAAGUUCACGGGCCAAAACAUAGUUGAGAAUCAAACUCCGGGCACGGAUGACGAGGAAAACCAAGGAGUAGAGAUUUGGGAACAUCCCCCGAAUGGUCAAGGUAUCGUGGCUUUGAUGGCGCUGGGAAUUCUCGAAGAACUUGAACGUUUGGGCAAGAUCCCAAAGUUUACCGAGGAUCAGCACAAUUCGACCGAGUACCUCCAUGCAGUGAUUGAAAGUCUUCGCAUUGCCUUUGCAGAUGCUUCUUGGUGGGUUACGGACCCGGAUGUUGAGAAGGUCCCAUCCCAAGAGCUCAUUUCACGAGCUUAUCUCGCGGAGCGAGCCAAGUUGUUCAACCCAGACAAGGCAUCUGACAUUCUCGACCAUGGAAGCCCGGCCCACAAUCACUGCGACACGGUGUAUUUUGGCGUGACCGACAAGGAAGGAAAUGGAAUUUCCUUUAUCAACAGCAACUAUGGCGGAUUUGGUACUUGUAUCAUCCCUAAGGGAUGUGGUUUUACCUUGCAGAACAGAGGCGCCAACUUUUCCCUCAGCCCUGGCCAUCCAAACGUUCUGGCACCACGUAAACGUCCCUACCACACUAUUAUCCCCGCGAUGAUCACAAACAUCUCUGAUGGCUCUCUGCAUUCGGUGUACGGUGUCAUGGGAGGCUUCAUGCAACCGCAGGGUCAUGUUCAGGUUUUGCUGAACAUGCUGGCAUUCAAGUACCACCCUCAAGCGGCGUUGGAUGCUCCACGAAUCUGUAUCGCUGCUGGCUCCCCUGAGUUAGGGAAGCGUGUGGACCGGAAUGUGUAUGUGGAAGAGGGAGUAAGUGACCAAGCCAUUGAGGGUCUCAGGCGACUUGGCCACCAGGUUGAAGUUUUGACCGGAUGGAAGAGAGGCAUGUUUGGCCGAGGACAAGUAAUUCGAUGCCAUUAUGAUGAAGGAAAACUGGUAUAUAGUGCUGGUAGUGAUCCCAGAGGCGAUGGAAUGGCGGUUCCAGUGGUGUAA